AUGAAAUACAAGACAUAGUAGAAUACGAAAAGCUGUUGACAUGAACAUAUAAAUAUAGUAUUUCAUAUUUUGUAAGGAGAAACUUCUUUAAUAAAAAAAUGCCAAUCAAAAGUGAAGCACUGCCGGACAGCGUCACAAGGAGCGGCAAUAACAAUAGUAAAGUUAAUUUAACUAACAUACACAAAGCUACUGGUGCUGUGCCUAAGCAAGCGACAGCGUCGAACACGAUCCGAACCCGUAGCGGGUGUGGCCUGGUCAAACAACAAGUGCAACAGCAGACGAAACAACUUGAGGUGGAGAGUGGUCAAAACAGCACGGAACCUGUGCAGCCAUUGCAGCGAAAGGCAUUUAAGACAUUAAAUGACUUUCUUCUUUCGACGGUGGCGCAACAGCAAGCGUGCAUAAGCAACAGCCAAGACGAGCUGCCACCAGCUGCAUUAAGCAGUAACUCUAGCCCUAAGGAGCGGCAGUUACGACAGCGUGACACAGCGGACCAAAAUUAUGACUCGAGUGACAAUUUGCCGGAAUUCCAACGCUAUUGCUUUCCUGUGAGGCCCGUCCAACGUGUGCAGCAUCAGCAGACGCAACCUCAGUUGGCAACAGCACUGCCCUUACGUCAAACUACAUCACCGAACGCAACCGUUGGUGUCGUAAUACCGAACACAUUUAACGGCAUCGAAGAUCAAACACCAACAGGGCUGCAGAUAUUGGUUAACAGAUUGAUAGAAGACUCGCGUCCUGACGCACAUGCCACCCGUGCACAAGUAGAAGUACUACGCGCCCUCCUAGGAUUGGAUGAAAAUUGGAACAAUAGUGUUCAGCAGCAUAUAGGAACAGAAAUAUCAGAUCAGGUAAACAGUAUGGUACAUGAAAUUAAUCCUGCUGGCGACCAAGGCGUUGUGAACUCUACCAGCUUGGAAGAUGUCGUUUUAAGUGAGGUGAGCGACAAUCGCGCCCAAUCAAUACAAUCAUUACAUAGUGUUGUGGAAACCCCCACACCUGGAGCGACUCCUGAAGCUACCCCUAGUUUCGAAGAGUUAGAGCAACGUCUAGAACUCUCAAAUCGCAACAUGCAGCAUCUGCAGAAUGAACAGGCCAAAUUGUUGCAUAUUCAAAACCUAGCCAAAACGCACCUCAAUGAAAUGGAGCAACUACGUCAGCAGGCGGGGAGUAUCCAAACCACAGGUGCUGAGGGUACGCCCAACUAUGAAUCAGUACAUCAAGUGCAGGAUGAUAUGGCCAGCCUAGUCGGACGCAUGAAAAAUUUAACCGUAUUUAUACAUAGUCAAAACGAACUGAGCAAUGUACUGGGAGAUGAUGGCCCGGAGAUCAUUGCCGAGCAGCAGGCGCUGCAGCAAAAACUUGAAGCAUUACGUGCGCAACGUGAAGAUAUGCGAAAUUUGGUAGACGAACUUAAUAAUAUUAAUCGUACGGCUAAGGAGACUGCAGUAACCAUGCGCAGUAGCUUGGAAUCGGUAGACCAGGAACGGUUGUCAGAGGAGGGAAAUGAAGUAAACCCCGUAGAGUCUAAAGAGCGCACUGUGCCCGUUGAGUAUCAACGAAAUGUGCCCAUUUUACGUCAAGAGGCCGCGAACGCAGCGCAGCGAGCUCUGCAGGCUCAAGCCCUUAUCAAUCAAAAGACGGCCGACAUUGAUGCACUGAAAUCCCAAAUGGCACGAUUAAAAAGCAUGCUGAAUACAGUCAAUCAGAUUGAUGAUAGCACGCCCUGUAUUGGUCAAACUUUAGACAACACUCGUCAUAGCAGCACAGAGAAUCAGCUACCUGCUAAUAAGAGUGGGGAGAUUUUACAACGUGUGCAUGCACUUAACGAUGUGACUUCAGAACUUCGAGCCGAAGCGGCCAAUCUGCAACAUGAGCGCGAUCGCAUAUUAGCGCUGAAAGCGGAAGUCGAGCGACGCAAGCAUCAGGCUGCUUCGGCUGCCCAGUUGGGUGAACAGGCACUGCAACGCAACAGCCUGACACCCACUCCCACACUGGCGUCUCACCAGACAUCAGAACGUCCGAAAACACCAUCCCCUACGCGGGAAGAACUGCGCGCUCAAUGUGAGCGCCUCAAGAAGCAGUACGAACAAAAGCAGCGUGAGUAUGAGGCACGCUAUAAGACGACCAAAACGCAGACAAAUCGCCAGAAACAUUAUACAAAUACUACUUCCGAGGCAGAUGAUGAAUGUAACGACGACACUGACAGCGGUAAAUAUUUUAAUCAUGCACGCACUUCGUCUUCGGCGGCUACUUUGAAGCGUGUGCCCUCAACGGCGACUGUGGUGGAACAGCAACGCAACCAUAGUAAAAAAUCUCAGUCGCUUCCCCAUAACGAGGACGAUCUAAAUGUUACCAUGGAUAGCCUUUCACUUGGAAAUGAUAGCCUUCAGUCCGGUAGCACGCGUAUGCAGUACAUGCCACCGCCAAUGGCACCAGUUCAGGCCAGCUGGGCUACCCACAAUGCGAACAACACUUGGCAGGCGCAGCCCAUGUUCGGCCAAACAAGACCACAUUCUUCUAGCAAUGGCGGCGAGUAUUUGGCCUACCCAUCCUCAAAUGCAUCCACCGCCACGCAGGCUCAGCCCGGAGGCAGUAACUCAGAGUCCGUGCUGUUGCAGCAAUUUAUGCAAACCCAGCAAAUGCUCAUAAAUUCAGUUUGCCAGUGCAACCAGUCGCUCUGGCACCAACAGCGUGAGAUUGACAAUCUCAACAAUCUAAUUCAUGUGCUUCAGGAUCGAGUCAAUGCUGCAAAUGAUCAAAGCUUUGGUCUUCGGUCCGAGUCCGUGCCGCCGUCCAGCUUGACCGUUGCAGCCGGCCUAAAUAGCAUGCCAAACAAUCUGUGCAUGGAUAGCAAUCGGGCCCAGUCAGAACAGCUCUUCAGUUUUGGGGCCCAUAACAGCGCGUUCUCCAAUUACCAACAGCGCCAUCGAAAUGUAUCUAUUUAUCAUCAAGCCAACCUAAACAACUCGGCACCACCACCCCCACCGCCACCUCCGCCAUCUGUGCCUGCAGCCCAGACUGUGGGACCUGUCCUGUCGCCGCCAACGCACUUCAACAACGAGAUACCACACUCGCCGCCCUCUUACCGCACGAAUCCGGGUCCUAUUUUUAUGAAUCAUCACAAUAACACAAUUCACCAAAAUAAUGCAAAUCUUCGCACACAAAACCAACACGCGAACAAUGUGCCACUGGAUAUUUCGGCAACACCAGCUGCUUUGAACAAUCAAGUUCCACCGGGCAAUCGAGCCAACAACUAUUGGGAUAACUUUAGAAGUUACUCGCGUCAGAAUUUGCUUUCUAUUAAUUCAAACAAGAAUAAUGAGGAGCCCGAAUUGGAACAGCAGCAGCUCCACCAAUUACAACAACGGGGCACGUACCAGCACUACCAACAGUUGCAACCGUCCCACCCGCGGCGACAUUUCCAUGAGGUUCAUCUUCAUGGAACCAGCAACAACUUAAACAAUAGUAGGAGUAGCCGGGACUGGCGUGCAGACACGAACAAUAUGGAUGUGGAGGAGGACAACAAUCUUGAUACCAUCAUAUUUAGCGACGAUAGACGUCCAAAUCAUCGACGCUUGCUACCUAAUUUGCGCGAUGCUGAUGCAAAUGCGCAUCAGCAGGUCUCUUCCAAUUCACUAAACAUGAAUAUAAACUAUGGUAACAGUCCGCUAUACCAGAGAAACAAGGUGCCGGCCAAGCCGACAACAUCAGUUGUGGCAUUGACGCCUCUACAGCAACGGCACCUUCGUUUUAAUUUUGAUCUACUGCACCAGCAGCAUCAUCCGCAAAACUUUGAUUAUGUACCACAAUUUGGGAUACCGAUGCCCGAGGCUAGUAUCCCUGUCUACAAUUUAACGAACCAGGAGCCGAGCACUGCUGAUGAGUCAAAUGAAAAUGUUUUGGAACAGGCUGAGGACACCGCUUCGGAAGAACUAAAUCGAAAUUUGUUGGUUAAUGCGCUGAAAAAUGACAAGUUUACGACUAAGUUUUAUGAAUCGAUAAAGGAGGAUGUUUACAGACGCCUUGAGACGCUCUUCGAACAACAGCAACAACAAAAACAAGGCGAUAUGAACUGUUUGCAGAAGGCGUUGAAUCAAGCCCAAGAUCAGGGUGCGAACCCAAAUGAAUUAUUGCAGAAUGGGAAACUAAUAGAGGCAGAACUGGAAAUGGACUCGGCAAUUAAUUCGACUUCAGAGAAUACAGGAAAGGGCACGGAAAUGGGGUUACCACCGUACGUGGAAAAUGAUAAGCCAGAAGAUGAAAAUGAUCCGGCAAAUCCAAUGCGCAAUAGGGAUGAGGAACAUUCACAGACACAUUUUGAAGAACCAAGCGUUAAAAACGACGAGAAACUUACUAAGACUAUCAUAGAGGUAAGUACGCCUGCUCCAGCAUGCAUGUCCCCAAUAGAAGUGCGAUCCGAUCACGAGCUCAUCAAAUAUAUUAUCAAGAAAAUACAACACCAGACCAAUAACAACACAACUAUUAAUGACGCUCAGUUGGCGGAGGUGUCCAAACUGACUGUGACUGCAAUCCAGAGCUCAGAGACAGGCUUAGCUGGAAUCACUGCUGCAACCAGGCCGGUCAUCUCACCCAAACGUAUUUAUGCCAAGAUAAAAAAAAUGGAUAUCCCACGACAACGGAAUGAAUUUCUGCUUUGGUACGAAAAGUACCUAGAGCAGAUGUUUUUGGUAGAACGGCCCAGUACAAGCUAUUUUAAGCCAGCGGGGCAGGCUGAUUUGAUUAAAAAAUGUCCAAAGGCGGCGUCUAAGAAACAUCCGAAAGAACUGUUACGCGCACAGAAUUCGAAUGACGCCGAUUUGGCUGAAGCGGAUCAAAAAGUAUCGCCAAAUGGUCAAAAGUCUGACGUCGAGUGCGAAAACAAAGAAAUUCCUGAAGAAGAGGGGGCAGCAGCGGCCAUUAGUUCGAUAGAAUAGCCGUUUAUACUCGUUCGCAUUCCAAAAAGCAUUCACAUACUGCGCCAAAAAAUGAAACGCAUUUAGAGAUAUUCGAUUCUGGACGACUUUUUUGAGUUAUAUUUAUCAUAAAAAUUAAAAAUCUAUCAGAUAUUGUA